ACGUGAUCCUUUUCAGCCAAUCACAGGCCGUUUCCAUGUCACACCACUUCCGGGAGUUGGAGAUUUGUUUUGCUGUUUUUAGCUGUCAAAGAAUGCUGGAAAAAAAACACAGAGCGUGCACCAGCUUUUCUUUUACCCGCUGUUUUUAGAUGCAUUUUGUGAAAUCAAGAGGCGACACUUGUAGCUGGAUAACUUUACGGAGAACACAGCGGUUUAACGGAGCUGUUGGGAUGCUGCUAUGCUAAUGCGCCUGUGGCUAAUAAGCUAACAAAGCUAAUAAAGCUAACACAGCUGCUAAAUGCUACAUGCAGCAGCGUGUCACUAACUCGCAUUUAAUCUGUUUUAGGACCACAUUUCUAUUUUUGCAGUACAUGUUUUUGUUGACUCUGAAGUGAUAAUAAUGGGCUAGCUUCAAUGACAUGGGCUAACCUUGCACCAAAAUCCUAAUGCGAAACCAUCUUUUUAUCUAUAUUCUGUUGUACUUGGAGCCCAUAGUUCUUGCAUUGCCUUGUAUCUUAGUUAAAAAGAGGUGAGGUUGUGUAAAGGCCAUGCGAUGAUGGUCCUGAGACGCCUCCUGAGGAAGCGCUGGGUGCUCGGGGUGGUCUUUGGCUUGUCUCUCAUCUAUUUCCUCACCAGCACAUUUAAACAGGAGGAGAGGACCAUCAGGGACCGUACUCUCCUGGAAGUCAAAGAUGCAGACCAUCGCAUCCCGUGGAAAGUGCGCUUCAACCUGGGAAACAGCAGCCGACAGAUCACUCAGUGCAGAAACUCUAUUCAAGGCAAAACUUUGCUCACGGAUGAACUUGGUUAUGUUUGUGAGCGAAACGAUUUGCUGGUUAAUGGUUGUUGUAAUGUCAAUAGUCCCAGUACAAGACAGUACAUUUGCAAAAGCUGCCUUGCCAAUGGCUGUUGCAACAUUUAUGAGUACUGUGUAUCCUGCUGCCUCCAGCCUGAUAAGCAACCUCUGCUUGAGCGCUUCUUGAAUCGAGCAGCGGAGGGUUUUAGUAAUCUCUUCACAGCCGUGGAGGAUCAUUUUGAACUGUGCCUGGCAAAGUGUAGGACCUCUUCCCAAAGUGUCCAACAUGAAAACACUUAUCGAAACCCUCAAGCCAAGUACUGUUACGGAGAAAGCCCACCGGAGCUGCUUCCUAUAUGACACUUUCUCUCCGAAUCCCUGGUUUACUAUGAAGUCUGACACUGCAGUGGUGCAUUUACAGGCCACUGUGUGGAGCCCAGUUUGGCUCAGAUUCAACAGCUCGACUGGGGUAGGGUCAUGAACAGGAAACAUUGAAAUGGACCUUAAAUGGGACAAUAGUGACUGUGUGUUUCUAUUAUUUACACUUCAUAAGUGCGUCAACGUUUUCAUACAUUCAUCCAUGAUGAUCAUUACUGGCAGCUCAAACGUCCAGCAACUCAUUUCAUAACAAAGGAAACAACAUAGAUUUCAUUGAGAACAAGUUUUGUUUUUAUUAAACAACAAUGAAUGUGUCAGUCUGUCUUUUGUGCAUGUGUAUUAAAGUGUUAUUUAACUU